AAAAAAAACCGAAAAGAACCGAAGAAAGGCAAGCUCGAUCGAAGUGGCUCGCGAGCAGACACACGCGCGCGGUGGAAAACGAUCGAUAGUGUCGUGGCAACGACGGUUUCUGCCUGUCUGGCCAACCUGGCUGCCACCCUUUGUGCUACCACCGACUGUCGGACAAGGUGGUCAGUCGGAAUCCUUCGUUAGGACGUACCUUAGCUGCGAGACACUCGAGAGAUCGGUGGACACUUGAUCUACAGCUCUUGCAGGAGACUGAUCGUGAAGGAAUCGAGGAUCGUUCAGGUUGGGGAGUUAGAAGAUUCUCUUGAUCGAGAGGACACGUGGCGGUCCUGCGAUCUUGGGGCUGACGAUCCUGCGGAAACACGUGUGUCAGUGGUAUCGUCGGGGUGCUGGAACGUUUAGGGGACUUUUGUGAUCGGCGAGGAUUUUACUCGGUGGAAUAGUCGCAGCCGUUGAUCAGAGGUUCGAAGAUUGUUGGGUUUGAGGAACAAGGAGACGAUGGCUAGGUGGAACGGUUUCUUCAGCUGGGAGAGGUGUACCGGAAGUGUCCUGCUCGCGGUGCUCCUCGCUGUCGCGAGGGUUAGCACUGAGGAAGAGGGACCCCCUAUCUCGCAGACUGCGGCUAUGAACUACCUCUCACAAUUCGGCUACUUGCAACCAAUAAAUCCGACGAGUGGCGGCAUUAUAUCCAAGGACUCGUUGUCCAAGGCGGUCGCCGAAUUCCAGGCCUUCGCGGGAUUGAAUAUAACAGGCGAUUUCGACGAAGAAACGUACAAACUGAUGGCGCUACCAAGGUGCGGUGUCAAAGACAAAGUUGGCCCGGGAUUCGGACGAUCGAAGCGGUACGCUCUCCAAGGGUCGAGAUGGCGCGUGAAAAAGCUAACUUACAAGAUCAGCAAGUACCCACGAAAUCUGCCGCAACAGAAAGUCGACGUGGAGCUGAACAAAGCGUUCAAAGUUUGGUCGGAGUACACCGAUCUCGUCUUCAUUCAGAAGAAAUCUGGACAGGUACACAUCGAGAUUAGAUUCGAAAAGGGCGAGCACGGUGACGGAGAUCCUUUCGAUGGCCCCGGUGGCACUUUGGCCCACGCUUACUUCCCCGUGUACGGUGGCGAUGCCCAUUUCGACGACGCGGAACAAUGGACCAUCGACAGUUAUCGCGGCACGAAUCUAUUCCAAGUUGCAGCUCACGAAUUCGGCCAUUCUCUCGGUUUGAGUCACAGCGACGUGAAAUCGGCCCUAAUGGCACCCUUUUAUCGAGGCUACGAGCCCUACUUCCGAUUGGACGAUGACGAUAUUCAGGGUAUUCAGACUCUAUACGGAAAGAAGACCACGAAUACCGUUGGAACCCCAACUGGACCUAAAUUCGGCACCACAACCUCAACACCGGUCAGCGAAGAGGACUCUGAACUUUGUACUGACCCGAAAGUGGACACUAUGUUCAAUUCCGCGGAGGGACACAUAUACGUGUUCAAGGGUGAGCGUUACUGGAGAUUAACUGCGGAUGGCGUCGCAGUCGGAUAUCCCAAACUGAUUUCCAACUCAUGGAAAGGUCUACCAGGAAACAUUGACGCCGCGUUUACAUAUAAAAAUGGAAAGACUUACUUCUUCAAGGGCUCGAAAUAUUGGAGAUACGUGGGCAAGAGAAUGGACGGUGAUUACCCGAAGGAAAUCAGCGAAGGUUUCACUGGCAUCCCGGACAAUAUCGACACCGUAACCGUGUGGACCGGAAACGGCAAGAUCUACUUCUAUAAGGGCAGCAAGUUCUGGAGGUUCGAUCCCGCACAGAAACCACCGGUGAAGAACACAUAUCCUAAACUGAUCUCAAACUGGGAGGGUCUUCCUGACAACUUAGACGCAUCGAUCGUCUAUCGUGGUUACACGUACUUCUUCAAAGGUGACGCCUACUACCGAUUCCAGGACAGGUCGUUCAGCGUGGACGUUGCUGAUCCAGCGUUCCCAAGAUCGACGGCCUACUGGUGGUUCGGGUGCAGGUCCGCCAACAAAGGAACAUUAGGUAAUGUCCAAUGGCUGCGUGAAAAUCCUGAGGACACUUUUUCACAUUCUGGCUUUCUGGAGACCGGCGGCGGUGACUUUUACAACGGCGAUGACGACGGUUACGGGGACGUGGGAGACAUUAUUCUAGACGCAGAGGACAACAGUCUACACUCGGAAUCGCGUGGGUUCGGGAAAAAGUGAACGAACGAGAAUGAAAAACUUGUUCGUUCGAGGAAUCUCGUUGAGUCAUAAACUCGGGUUAGGAGGCAGCAAAUAUGGAACGACAAAUUUUCCAGAGAAAAAGUCAUUUAAAUGCAGUAAAUAAAGCACGCACGGGAUUAUGAGAGGCAGGUUCAUGGAGCAGACCUCACGGAGAAAACUGAUCCAAAACAAACUAAAUAAAGUUCCAAACAACGACGAGAGCCUGCGAUUUGUAAUCCACGUAUCACCUCUGUUGUUUCACCCGCGAAACUCUGUGCUGAGCACGACCGGUGCAGUGAGCCAUCCAAUCAACGACGAUUCACUUAAGCUUCUAUAAGCCCCUCUCUACGAUUUGUUUAUAAAAUUCGACAGGCGAAACGGACGAGCAGCUAGUCACGUCUUCCAAUCAGGACGCAGACUCUGGGGCGGGAAGCGUUUUCAAAUUGUCGUCCAAAUGGUGGUACUUUUCGCUCAACAUAUUGACCAUGAUCAUCGCUAGAAUAAUCGCCGCUACGUAAAGAAACU